AUGGCAACUUGGGCAUACCCACCGUUGCCUCCAGAUUCGUUGGAACGGGAGGCGGACAGUGCUUUGGCACGGGAACUAGAAUGGCUGCUUCGGUCUCUACAGGAUUCUCUAACGGCAUUGAGGGAGGGCCUUCGUGAUUGUGCUGCAUUGCUGGCGCCAAAGGAGCCAGGUUCGACGCUGGUGCUGUCCUCUCACCGGUCGGAGUGUGUCAAAGGCUUCGUGACCAGAGUUGGAACCAAAGUCGUGAAGGGGGACAUACAACUGCGCCUUAGCUCUCUUACCUCUGCCCGUGGCGCGCCCACUACCCGUCUCUGCUUAUCCAAUGCUCCUGGCGCUCCAGAGCUCGUCCUUGAACAGUUGUCGUCCGUGCGAGAUCUCGUCAAUCAGAGCCUCGAUGUCGUAGAUGUAAGCACAUGGACCGGUGACCCACUGAAUGCCAGUUUCAUCUUCGGUCAACUACGUCUUUUGCAUGAGACUAUUACGGAGGCGCGGCACAUGCUAAAAGGGGAGAACGAUAAUGUGCAAGGCAAGUGGUGGGAAACCAGCGUGGAGGAUAAUAUUUUCGACCCUCCGCUGCCACCAGAUCUCUCAUUCCACCUCUCUAUUGCGGACUCGGCUCUUGUGCUCCAUCUGAGAACGCUUGAAACCACUGCACCUUCUUCUCAUGCGCCGACCGCCUUCGCUACCGAUAUCUCGCUUACCGGGUUCAACAUUCGAGACCGAUUAUUCGGGCCCCGGCAUCGCCCUCAUGACGAGAUGGGCGAUGUUUUCGUUUGGAAAGGAGAAGAGGUAAAAGUAAAGGAGAAGAUUCGAGUCGAGAGCCAGGAUCCUAGUCUGAUGGCAGUCAUGGCCAAACUCACGGCUCUGGAGCAUGAAGUCAUGAAAUGGUUGACAUCCCUGAAAGUGCUAAUGGGCACUGAAGACACAGACAGCGAAUCAUGA